AGUAUUUUAUACAUUUGCUCCGCCGUGAAAGGUACAAAUCUAUUUGCUCUAGUAGCCAUGUCGGACGCCAUUUUCUCUUUGGGUAAUCCUGUCUUUGCCGGAUUUGCAUUUCAUUCGGUAGCAUGUUUAUCAAAAACUGUAAUUUUGGGACCCUUGACUACUAUGAAAAGAUUCGCUACUAUGACUUUUAGUAACGAAGAAGAUAAAGUCGUAGUUCGCGCUAUUGGUCAAAGUCCGAAGGAUGCUAAAGUUGACUUUAGAAAUGACAGCGUUGAAAGACUACGAAGAAACCACUUGAACGAUAUGGAAAAUGUUUAUCCAUUUGUUCUUACUGGAUUCUUUUAUGUGAUGACUAGACCAAGUCUAGAUUCAGCUUUACUCCAUUUCAGGAUCUUUACCAUAAGCCGAUUUGUGCAUAUGCUUGCUUAUCAAUUUGCACUUCCUCAGCCUCUUAGAGCAACGGCUUUCUCAGUUGGUGUUGGAAUAAUCUUUUCUAUGGCAUACAAGGUGCUGUCCACCGCUUGCUCUGCUUUAUAG